AUGCCGCAGAAUGUACUGAAGAGCUACCUGCUGAAGAUGACGAUUCUAACCACUUCUGAAGCGUUGUCUCCCAAGGGGGUGUUGGAGUGUAGUCACCUGUGUCUGGCUACCCCACUCUGUAUCUCCUUCCUCCUCCACAAUGAUACUCGAAGCUGUUACCUCACCUCCCUCAACCGCUGCCUCGAAAGGAACAACGUGCUCCUGGCGUCACCGGGAUAUUUCUACUACGAGAGAUUUGACAACCAGAUCACCACACCCCCAACCUGCUUCUCCACCUGUCUGGCUACACGUGACUGUAAUGCCUGUGGUCGUAAAUAUUGUUCAGGGAAGGAUUGUGAGAACUGCCCCUCUACCUGUUGGGAUGUACCCUCAGUGAAUGGCCGUAUAUCCCUCUGGACACGUGAUCACUCCAAACGUUUCUCAGUUACUUGUGAUCAAGGUUGGUUCCUACUGUGGUACUCAGGAGAGCCGGUACCAGAAAACACCUCACCUACACCAUUGAAAUUGCAGGUUAGACUGUUAUAUGAAGGCGACUUGGCUGUAUCAUCAUUCUUCAAAACGGUAAAGAUUCACAAGAAAAGUCUCAAAGUUGGUGAAUACUUAGAAGGUAAAGCAGGGAACUGGUGGGGAGCGCCCUUUAAGAAUCGUCAUCUUACCUCUAAUUCCUCCUCAAAUUGCCUUCCUUUCUUCAACCCGACAACCUACUGUAAGGUCCUGGGUGUGAUGAACGGCGAGGAACAGCUCUCACAGAACGACACCGGGAUCAGGCGAAGUCUCCCUUGGAUCACCGGCAUCAACGAGAUCGAUCAACUUAAACUCAAGGUUAUUGAACUGUGGGCAAGUCUUUAUGAACCAGAUGAAGUGUAGAGUGACCCGGAAGUAGGGGGAAAACACUGGUGGUUAGCUGGGGACUAUGAGUGUUGGAGUCUGGGAGUGUGGUAACUGACUUUAGUAGAAUCAUAUUACUUUAGAUAAAUGCCAUUGACUUUUGUUAUUGGUAGUGAUGUUUGAUAUGUGUA